CAUGAUAAGUUAUUAAAAAGUGCUCUUUCCAAAAUUCGCAAAAACACAAGGUUUGAUCUUUCCAAAUAUCGCAAUACAUCAGAGUUAAUAUUUAAAAAUUUGGAUAAAAUUUUAAUUCCUUCACAAAAUAAACAAUCUCUUUACAAAAAUACUUUAGAUUCUUCAAAUCUUGAAGUUAAAAAAAUAAAAUUAAGUGCCGCUGCUUUGAAAAAUGAAGAGAUUAUUUUAGCAAAUUUGGAGAAAAGAAGGAUACUGAUUUCCUUAGAUAAAGAGUUCCAAGUUAAUUAUAGUUAA